CGCACACCGCAAACGCUUAUGCUUCAGACGCUUCAAAACAGCCUAACAACUUUUGAGCCGCUUAUCGCUUCCCAGGCCCUGCCAGCAGCAGCCGAACUCCUUCGCCAAAUCAUGCUACAGCAAGGACCCAUGCGGCUGGCGAAGAACACCCCAGCGGCCACAAAUGUGCCUAGGGUGCUUUCAGGCAUGCACGCCGGGCCUCGGACAACAGCGGUGCGGUUCAGCAGUGGGCACGUCGAGGCCGCUGCUCCCCUCCUGCCCUUCAGCGCUCGGCAGCUAGCGCAACCGUCCCCGCUCUCGGGCCUGUCGCUCGCGCCUGGUCUGACCGUGAGGCCCGGCCGCCGCACCCUGGCGACCCGCGCCGCGCAGUCCGGCUCCGGCGGCGGCUCCGGCGGCGGCAAGCGCAUCACCCAGAACCAGUUCACGGACAAGGCCUGGCAGGCGGUGGUGGCGGCGCCCGAGAUCGCCAAGGAGUACGGGCAGCAGGUGGUGGAGACGGAGCACCUGCUCAAGGCGCUGCUGGAGCAGCCCAACGGCCUGGCCCGCCGCAUCCUGUCCAAGGCCGGGUCGGACGCCACCCGGCUGCUGGACCGUGUGGACGCCUACAUACGGCGGCAGCCCACCGUCAGCGGCGACAGCGGCCAGGUUCUGGGCCGCAACCUGGAGGCGCUGGUGAACCGGUCCAUGGAGCUGCAGGCCAAGUGGGGCGACCAGUUCGUGUCCAUUGAGCACCUGGUGGCGGCCAUGGCGGAGGACGGCAGGUUCGGCGAGAGCCUGUUCAAGGCCGAGGGCCUGACCAAGGACAAGCUGGACGCGGCCAUCAAGGACGUGCGCGGCACCAAUAAGGUGGUGGACCAGGACCCGGAGGGCAAGUACGAGGCGCUUAACAAGUACGCGCGGGACCUGACGGCGGCCGCGCGCGACGGCAAGCUGGAUCCAGUGAUUGGGCGCGAUGACGAGAUCCGGCGCACGAUCCAGAUCCUGUCGCGCCGCACCAAGAACAACCCCUGCCUGAUCGGCGAGCCGGGCGUGGGCAAGACGGCGGUGGUGGAGGGGCUGGCGCAGCGCAUUGUGGCGGGCGACGUGCCGCAGGCGCUGCAGGGCCGCACGCUGAUGGCGCUGGACAUGGGCUCCCUCAUCGCGGGCGCCAAGUACCGCGGCGAGUUCGAGGACCGCCUCAAGGCCGUGAUCAAGGAGGUCACGGACAGCGCCGGCAAAAUCGUGCUGUUCAUAGAUGAGAUCCACACCAUCGUGGGAGCCGGAGCCACCGGGGGCGCCAUGGACGCCUCCAACCUGCUCAAGCCCAUGCUGUCGCGAGGCGAGCUGCGCUGCAUCGGCGCCACCACCCUGGACGAGUACCGCAAAUACAUCGAGAAGGACCCCGCCCUGGAGCGCCGCUUCCAGCAGGUGUACGUGGACCAGCCCAACGUGGCCCAGACGGUGUCCAUCCUGCGCGGCCUGCGGGAGCGCUACGAGGUGCACCACGGCGUGCGCAUCAGCGACUCAGCGCUGGUGGAGGCGGCGGUGCUCAGCGACCGAUACAUCGCCGACCGCUUCCUGCCCGACAAGGCCAUCGACCUGGUGGACGAGGCGGCGGCCAAGCUCAAGAUGGAGAUCACCAGCAAGCCGCUGGCGCUGGACGAGAUCGACCGCAAGGUGCUGCAGCUGGAGAUGGAGAAGCUGAGCCUGACCAAGGCUGCCAAGAACAGCGACCGCGCCGCCGCCGCGCGCCUGGCGGCUCUGGACGCGGAGCUGGACGACCUCAAGGAGCAGCAGAAGGUGAUCACGGGCCAGUGGCGCAAGGAGAAGGACGACAUGGGCCGCGUGCAGGACCUCAAGGAGGAGAUCGAGCGCGUCAACAUUGAGAUCGCGCAGGCCGAGCGCACGUACGACCUGAACCGCGCCGCCGAGCUCAAGUACGGCACCCUUCACAGCCUGCAGCAGAGCCUGAAGGCCGCGGAGGAGGCCCUACGGCAGGCGGAGGCGCACGACGGAAAGAAGCUGCUCAAGGAGGAGGUGACCGAGUCCGACAUCGCUGAGAUCAUCUCCAAGUGGACCGGCAUCCCUGUUUCCAAGCUGGUGGAGAGCGAGCGCGAGAAGCUGCUGCACCUGGCGGACGAGCUGCACAAGCGCGUGAUCGGGCAGGAGGCGGCGGUGGACGCGGUGGCGGACGCGAUCCAGCGCUCCCGCGCCGGCCUGGCCGACCCCAACCGCCCCAUUGCCAGUUUCAUGUUCCUGGGCCCUACCGGUGUGGGCAAGACGGAGCUGGCCAAGGCGCUGGCCCAGUUCCUGUUCAACACGGAGGACGCCAUGGUGCGCAUCGACAUGUCCGAGUACAUGGAGAAGCACAGCGUCAGCCGCCUCAUCGGUGCGCCGCCCGGCUACGUGGGCUACGACGAGGGCGGUCAGCUGACGGAGGCGGUGCGGCGGCGGCCCUACGCCGUCAUCCUGUUCGACGAGGUGGAGAAGGCGCACGCCGACGUCUUCAACGUGCUGCUGCAGAUCCUGGACGACGGGCGUGUGACGGACUCGCAGGGCCGUGUGGUGUCGUUCAAGAACUCCAUCAUCAUCCUCACAUCCAACCUUGGAUCCAACUCCAUCCUGGAGCUCGGCACCGCCGCCGGCGAUGACGCCGGCAGCCCCGCCGCGCGCAACGCCAUCAAGAACAUCGUCAUGGCCUCCGUCCGCUCCCACUUCCGGCCCGAGUUCAUCAACCGCAUCGACGAGUUCAUCAUCUUCGACCCGCUCUCGCAAGACCAGAUCGCGCACAUCGUGCGGCUGCAAGCCAAGCGCGUCGCCGAGCGCCUCGCCGACAAGAAGAUCGGUCUGGAUCUGACGGAGAGCGCCGUACGGCAUCUGGCCGCGAUUGGAUUCGACCCAGUGUACGGCGCGCGCCCCGUGAAGCGUGCCGUACAGCAGGAGCUUGAGACCUCGAUCGCCAAGGCCAUGCUGCGUGGGGAGUUCGUGGAGGAUGACACGAUAGUGGUGGAGGCGGAGCCGAACGGCGGCGGCCUGGUGCUGCGGCACGGCCCCAAGCUGAGCUCCAGCGGCAACGGCUCAGGCGGUGCGGGCGCGCUGGCCGGCUCUGGUGGCCGCAGCGGCAGCACCGGUCGCAGCGGCGGCAGCGGCAACUGGCGGCAGCAGGCAUAGGUCGAGGGAGCGGAGCAAAGGGAGCGCGGCGGAUGAGGGGGCCGCUAAAAAGUAGUGGGAGUGGGAGGGAGAGGCUUUGGCGGCUCAGGCCACAGCUGUGAACGGAUGGAUGCUUUGGUUUUUGUGGUGUGGUGUGGGAGCGGGAGUAUAGCUAUGGGCAAUGGCAAAAGUUUUGUGCCCAAGCCCCGGGCAUUGGGGUAGAUACAUCUGCUGAUGUUACUGUCUUAUCGAGAUGGUGGGCGCUGCAUUCGCGAGAAUUGAUUGACAUGGUUGUCCAUGUGCAUGUGUGUGUAUGUGUAUGUGUGUGUGACGGCGUGGCGAUGCUUCAAACGUUUUGCUGGACAGGUUGUUCAGUUGGGUAGGGGUAGGGAAACAGAACGCCUGGAGGGGGUAGGCAAUUUAGACACGGGCAUCUUCGUUAACACAGCUGGCGGCUGCUGCAAGUCCACACAGGGUUAAGGGCUUGCACAGUGCCGCGGCAUUCGGGGGAGUGUGUUAUAUAAUUGGCUGGUGUCUUCGGUUGCUGACUGUUCUGCAAGCCCAGCACGCGCUCAAGCGAGUGGACAGAGGCUUUGAUUGUGGUGUUGCUCGCUGAAAAGAUUCGGUUGACUGGUCGUGGUGGCUUUGCAAGCCAAUACCGCACAAAGCUGUGUGCGUGGUUACAAGAUGGCGCGCACGAUUGGGCGUCCAGUCCUGUCCUACCUGACUUAACCAGGACACCAAAUGUGUGAUUGGGUGGUCAACGGACAGGCGACUUCACUCAGGCGCAGUACCGUGACACCGACCAUACGCCCACAUGUAACAUCACCACUAC